AUGGAAGCAGAUGGCAUUGCAGAGGAUUUUUUAAAAAGCAUAGAGUUACACGGUCUCAAAUUCAAUCGAUUAAUUGGUGAUGGAGAUAGCAGCGUUACAAAACGUCUAAAAGAAGUUAUGCUUUAUGGUCCUACAAGAUUAGUAGAGAAAAUAGAGUGUAGGAAUCACCUACUACGUAAUUUUGGUACCAAAAUUUCAGCAAUUUCUAAAAACACCAAGUAUCCUGUUUUUUUGAGAAACUUUAUUAAAACCAACAUCAUCAAAUUCCCUAUUGCAAUUCGAAAAGCAAUUAAGUAUCGAAAAAAUUUGAAGGCACCAGAGCAUGAAAAAAUAUCAAGUCUUGUAUUGGAUAUUAGCAAUAGUUUUUACCAUAUAUUAGGUCAACAUAAUAAAUGUGAUGAAUACUUUUGUAAUAAUAAACAAAAGAUUAGUGAAAACUUAGUGCCAGCUGCAUUUAACUGUGGAUUAAUGUCAGAAUUUAAAUUGGUAGCACAACGACUUAUUGAUAAUGCUACAAGUCUAUUACACGAUGUAACGAACAAUAUUUGUGAACAAUUCAACAGUGUUAUUAAUAAAUUUAUUGCGGGAAAGCGAAUUAAUUUUUCACAGAGGAAUUCGUAUAAUACUCGUGUAAAAGCUGCAAUUGUAUCGUUUAACUCUGGUGGAAUGUUUCUUAGACAUAUGCACAAAAAAAUUACUAACAAUAGUCCAGGUAAAAUCGGAAAACAAUUUUUGUCCACAAAACUCCGAAAACUAACGGAAAUGCGAAAACGACGACAACUAUUUACGGUUAAAAAAAAUAAAAAUAUUAAAAACACUGGCCCGGACGAAUUUUAUGGGCUUGUUGAACCCUUAGCAGAAGAUGAUGUUAUGGAUGUCGAACAAUUUGUAAACCAAAAGCAAAGGUUUCUUGCAUCGUUACAAUUAAGUCACAAAAAACGUUGUGUCAUAGAACAACAUACACGAAAUCAAAGAAAUUGUCAGCAAUGGUUUAGUGAAAGAAGAGUUCGACUUACUGCAUCCAAUUUUGGAAGGGUUUGUAAAAUGCGUGCCAAUACAUCCUGUAAAAAUACAGUUUAUGACAUUUUAUAUGGAAACGUAACUUCAAAAGCAAUGGAAUAUGGAAAAAUAGAGGAAGAUGAAGCAAGACAAAUAUUUGAAACAAUGACAAAAUUAAAAGUAAAAAGUUGUGGUUUAUUUAUCGAUAAAGAUAUUCCAUACUUAGCUGCUAGUCCUGAUGGUUUAAUAAUUGGUGAAAAUGCUAUAAUCGAAAUAAAGUGUCCAUAUUCUGUAAAAGACUAUUUACACAUUCAAGACGCUAUUGUAGAUAAAAAGAUCCAAUACUUGUAUUUAGAAAAUAAUAACAUUAAAUUAAAAACUCAAAGCUUAUAUUAUUUCCAAGUACAAGAUUGUCUUCUUCCGGAAAUUAUUGAUCCCAAAUUUGGAAAAAGAUUGUUAAAAUCAGAUAUAUUAGAACCUAAAAGAAUUCAAGAUGAGCUGAAUAAAAAAACGAAAAAUAAAUAA